GUUACGCAAUUAUAUGAGAUUUUAUUGAUCAGUUUCCUUCCAUAUACUCCGGCGGUUGGGCUUAGGCACGCACACGCCGAUUCAUAUCCAUCUCGCCGACGAAAUCGACCAAACCCUAGCUAUUGGCAUAUCGAUGUCGCACAACAUUUUCCCCUGGCUCGCCGUGCCGCCGCCGGCCCCGGCCCCGGCCCCGGUUGCCGCGUACUACCAAGACGACGAGCCGGUGGAGGACAAGAAACCCCUGGCGAACAACGGCCGGGGGUUGGUCCUCAAGACCCACUGCGAGUUCCCGGCCAUCGGAAGGGGCACGUCCAGGGACAAGUUCGCGGUGCUCGUCCACGCCAAGGCGCCCGCCGACGUGGCGCGCGCGCCGCUCGACCUCGUCACCGUGCUCGAUGUCAGCGGCAGCAUGAAUGGCGAAAAGCUGGCGCUGCUGAAACAGGCCAUGGGCUUCGUCAUCGAUCAGCUCGGCCCCGCCGAUCGCCUCUCCGUCGUGUUCUUCUCGGAUCGGGCGGGCCGCCUGACCCGCCUCGCGCGCAUGUCGGGCGCCGGCAAGGCCUCGGCUAAGCUUGCCGUGGAGUCCCUUGUUGCCUUAGCGGGCACGAACAUCCGCGAGGGCCUCCAUGUGGGCGCCCAGGUGCUCGUCGGCCGCCGCCACAAGAACUCCGUCGCCAGCAUGAUCCUUCUCUCCGACGGCCAGGACUCGUAUGUCAGGGGCAACUACAUGGACCUUGUGCCACCCUCGUUCAAGGACGCUGGGAGCCGGCCCGGGCCGAUCCACACGUUCGGCUUCGGCGCCACCCACGACGCCGCGGCAUUGCACACCGUCGCGGAGGCCACGGGCGGCACCUUCUCCUUCGUCGGGAACCAGGCGGCUAUCCAGAACUCGUUUGCACAGUGCAUCGGCGGGCUUCUGUCGGUCGCCGUGUAGGAGGCGCGCAUCGCCGUCACGUGCCUGCACCGAGGCGUGCACGUCCAGGAAGUCAAGUCCGGCUGCUACAGCAACCACGUGGACGCCGACGGCCGCGCUGCCUCCAUCGACGUCGGAGAGCUCUAUGACGACGAGGAGAGGCGCUUCUUGGUGCUUGUGUACGUGCCGAGAGCCCGGCCCACGGAGUCGGUCACCCGCCUGGUCAAGGUGACCUGCGCCUACAAGGACGCCGCGACAGGGCAGGCCGCCAACGCAGCCGCACCCGCGGCGGUGAUCCAGAGGCCGCUGGAGCUGACGGACCUGCCGCCUCCGUGCAUGGAGGUGGAGCGGGAGCGCGUGCGCCUCGCCGCGACCCAGGACAUCGCGGCCGCACGGGAUGCCGCUGAAGGCGGGCAACACGCCGGGGCUGCGCGGAUACUGGACUCCCGGCUGAAGGCCGUGGAGCGGUCGGCGCCCGGGAUGGCGGGAGAUGAUCCCACGUGUGAGGCGAUCAAGGAGGAGCUGCGCGACCUUAGCGCCCGCGUGGGCGACCGGCGGGAGUACCAGCAGACGGGGCGCGCGACCCUUCUGGCCGGCAUGAGCUCGCACUCGCAGCAGCGAGCCUCGGCGGUGGAGCUGCAGUCGGCGAGCAAGCCCCGGGCGUACCUGACCCCCAAGAUGGAGGAGAUGGUGGAGACGUCGCGUGAGCAGAGCAGGAAGCGUGGCAACAGCAGCGGAUCCACCCAGCAGCUUAAUAAACACAUCAAGCAAGACCUGAUCGACGGCUAAUUUCUCUGCCUGGUGAAACCUGGUCAAACAAGAGGCAGGUUGAUUAUAUUAUGUUAUGGCCUUUUAUUAUUCCGAAGUCUGAACAAUUUAUAUAUGAGUAAUUGUCGGUCCUCCUCUUCUAUGCGUGUGUGUAAAAAUACAUUAAAAAAACCAAGUUUCCCUUUUCUUGCGA